CCUUCUCGCGGCUAGGUCGCCUGCUGGACUGGCCUGCUUCUGAGCUAGAGUCACCCAGGCUGAGGCGCGGGAGGACACCAUGCAGUGCCUGGGGGUCCCGAGCCGGAAGCGGAGGCUGACCCGCUCCAGGGAACUCUACCUGCAGGAGCAGAGCCGCAAGGUGGCGGCGCUCAAUGGGCAGAGGCUGGGCUUGCAGGAUGACCAGGACCUACAGGCCCUGCUGAAAGGCAGCCAGCUCCUAAAGGUGAAGUCCAGCUCAUGGCGGCGAGAGCGCUUCUACAAGUUGCAGGAGGACUGCAAGACCAUCUGGCAGGAGUCCCGCAAGGUCAUGAGGUCCCCAGAGUCCCAGCUGUUCUCCAUCGAGGACAUUCAAGAGGUACGGAUGGGACGCCGCACAGAAGGCCUGGAGAAGUUUGCACGUGAUGUGCCCGAGGACCGCUGCUUCUCCAUUGUCUUCAAGGACCAGCGCAAUACACUGGACCUCAUUGCCCCGUCAUCAGCUGAUGUCCAGCAUUGGGUGCAGGGCCUGCGCAAGAUCAUCCAUCACUCAGGCUCCAUGAACCAGAGACAGAAGCUACAGCACUGGAUUCACUCCUGCUUGCGAAAAGCUGACAAAAACAAGGACAACAAGAUGAGCUUCAAGGAGCUGCAGAACUUCCUGAAGGAGCUCAACAUACAGGUGGACGACAACUAUGCCCGGAAGAUCUUCAGGGAAUGUGACCACUCCCAGACAGACUCGCUGGAGGAUGAAGAGAUUGAGGCCUUCUACAGGAUGCUAACCCAGCGGGACGAGAUUGACCGAGCCUUUGCGGAAGCUGCGGGCUCCUCCGAGACCCUGACAGUGGAUAAGCUAGUGACGUUCCUGCAGCAUCAGCAGAGGGAGGAGGCAGCGGGGCCAGCACUGGCCCUGUCCCUCAUUGAGCGCUAUGAGCCCAAUGAAACUGCCAAGGCUCAGCGGCAAAUGACCAAGGACGGCUUCCUCAUGUAUCUGCUAUCGGCUGAUGGCAGUGCCUUCAGCCUAGCACAUCGACGCGUCUACCAGGACAUGGACCAGCCGCUCAGCCACUAUCUAGUGUCCUCAUCUCACAACACCUACCUGCUGGAAGACCAGAUCACAGGCCCCAGCAGCACGGAGGCCUACAUCCGGGCUCUGUGCAAAGGCUGCCGCUGCCUGGAGCUCGACUGCUGGGAUGGGCCCAACCAGGAGCCCAUCAUUUACCAUGGCUACACUUUCACCUCUAAGAUUCUCUUCUGUGACGUGCUCAGGGCCAUCCGGGACUAUGCCUUCAAGGCAUCCCCCUACCCAGUCAUCCUGUCACUGGAGAACCACUGCAGCCUGGAACAGCAGCGAGUAAUGGCCCGUCAUCUGAGGACCAUCCUAGGGUCCAUGCUGUUGGACCGGCCACUGGAUGGGGUUACCACGAGCCUGCCUUCCCCUGAGCAACUGAAGGGCAAGAUCCUGCUGAAAGGGAAAAAGUUUGGAGGGCUACUACCUAUUGGAGGGGGAGACGGCCCUGAGGCCACUGAUGUGUCUGAUGAAGAUGAGGCUGCUGAGAUGGAAGAUGAGGCUGUACGGAGCCGAGUGCAGCACAAGCCCAAGGAGGAUAAGCUCAGGCUUGUUCCAGAACUCUCUGACAUGGUCAUUUACUGCAAGAGCGUCCACUUUGGUGGCUUCUCUGGUCCUAACACCUCUGGGCAGGCGUUCUAUGAGAUGGCCUCAUUCUCUGAAAACCGUGCCCUCCGGCUGCUCCAAGAGUCAGGAAAUGGCUUUGUUCGCCAUAAUGUGGGCCACCUGAGCAGGAUCUACCCAGCUGGAUGGAGGACAGACUCCUCUAACUACAGCCCUGUGGAAAUGUGGAAUGGGGGCUGCCAGAUCGUGGCUCUGAACUUCCAAACCCCUGGAUCAGAGAUGGACGUGUACCUGGGCCGCUUCCAGGACAAUGGGGCCUGUGGGUACGUGCUGAAACCUGCUUUCCUGAGAGAUCCUAACACUAACUUCAACUCACGUGCCCUGACUCAGGGGCCCUGGUGGGCUCGGAAGCAGCUCCGCGUUCGGAUUAUCUCUGGACAGCAACUGCCAAAAGUCAAUAAGAAUAAGAAUUCAAUUGUGGACCCCAAGGUGACAGUGGAGAUCCAUGGUGUGGGCCGGGACGUGGCCAGCCGCCAGACUGCAGUUAUCACCAAUAAUGGUUUCAACCCAUGGUGGGACACAGAGUUCGAGUUUGAGGUAGCCGUGCCUGACCUGGCCCUCGUGCGCUUUGUAGUAGAAGAUUAUGAUGCUUCUUCUAAGAAUGACUUUAUUGGCCAGAGUACCAUCCCCUGGAACAGCCUCAAGCAGGGAUAUCGCCAUGUCCACCUCUUGUCCAAGAAUGGAGAUCAACAUCCAUCAGCCACCCUCUUUGUGAAGAUCGCCCUCCAGGACUAGGUCUGGAGAUCCAGUGAGGUCCACCAUGAGUGGACCAGCCUCUGUCUACAUUUGAGCCAGGGCUGGUAUUGCUGUUCCAACCUCUGGUGCGGAGCUAGAGUCCCUGAACUGCCUUCGGUUCUAACACACUACCUGUGCUGCUGCCUCUUCGGGAGCCCCAGGAGCUGUCCAGGAACAACACUACAGCCCUCUCCCCACCCUCCAGCCGGCUUUAGGUUGAGAAUUUUUAUAAAAUUCACAAGACUAA